AUGCUCGACACAGGUGCUUCCGACGUUUCAACCGCUGGCCUAGACCAAUUCCAUGCCUGGCAGCGCGAAGACCACUGCGCUACCCUCGAUACCACCCGCGCAGGCCAGGCAGGCAUCUCCUUGGAGAUGGACCCCGGAUUGUCCGAUAUGUACCGGCUAGGCUUGUUUUUCAACAAUCAGACCAACGAAGUCGUCCGCGAUGACAUUCGCGUUCCCGCAGUACCUAGACUCCACCGACUGCUUAGAUGUGCCGGGCAUGAUGAUAUUGAUGAGCAGUUUACCCUUAGAGACGACCGCGAGUUCAAUUUCGAGAUAACCGCGGAUGUAGUCCAAAUAGGCGGAAAGCCUGUGCUACACACACCUACCAAGGCCCCGGACUUUAUGCGCCACGAUGCCGGCACUAACUUUGCAGCAGAGGAGUUCCAAAAAGAGAAAAGGCACACGGCCCUCCGCCGCGCCUACGAUAUCCUCCAAGCAGAGUUGGGUGAGUCGAGAAGCCCAGAUGCCCUCCUCCAAAUGGCUGUAAAGGCAGUCAAUGACACAGCCGGCCCGGAUGGCCUUGUCCCUACCCUCCUCGUCUUCGGCGCAUACCCACGAAUCAACCACGAUUCACCGCCCUCUCCCCCUAUGAUCAAGCGCGCAGAGGCUAUUCGGAAAGCCAUGGCAGCUCUGCACCAGCUUCCUGCAGAGCGAGGCUCCAAGAACAAGCCCAAGACCGGCGUAGCCAACCUGUCAAAGAAGGAAGUUAAUCACUAUGAUCACGCUGUUCAAUUGCGCCGCGAAGGCCACAUCACCACACCAGGUGCCCCCUUUGAACAGUCCGAUACCCAAGAGAUUAACAACCUAAUCGCACAGGGUGUGUUUGAGUUCAUUCGUUUCGACCCCGUGGCCCACAAAGGCCAAAGACUCUUUAAAGCACGCAUGGUCCGCGAAGUUAAAGGACUCGGACCAACCACAAGGCCCUACGAGAAAUCCCGUCUCGUCAUUCAAGGCUAUAACGAUCGUGAUAAAGGGAAUAUCCUUACCCAGUCGCCGACCGUGCAACGGGCAGCACAGCGGCUACUCCUCUCAAUUGCCCUCCUCGCAGGUGAAGCCUCCGUCUUCCUGCGUGAUAUCACACAAGCAUAUAUUCAGUCCAAAACCCCCCUGAAUCCAGAGUCAGGUCUCCAUUGGUUCGUGACAUAUUAUAGGCAUCAUCCCGCCGGCUUCGGCAUGGUCGCUAUGCAGACGGAUGACACCCUCCUCCUCGCCUCCCCUGAGUUCGCGGCCGCAGAAGAAGAGAGAUCCAGAAGGCUAAGCUCCGCUCGAAACCAAGGAGCCAGCUAUCGGCCGCGACUCCUCGAGUUUAAUGGUUGCACACUUCUAGCCGAAAAAGACGACCUUAUCAUCCAGCAGAAGGGCCAAGGCCAGAAGUUAGCCACCAUCUUUCUCUCCUCCACGGAUCGCGCGCAGCAAUACGCCCAACAGCGCGCGCGCGGAGCAUAUAUCGCAUCAAUCUGCCAGCCCGAGGCCACGUUCGACUACUCAGUCGCAGCACAAGUGCAGCAGCCGGAAGCCCCGGACUACAAGACCCUGAACAAGCGGAUACAAUGGCAGACCGACAACCUGCAACGAGGACUCCGCUAUGUUCCCUUGGCCUUUUCGACUGCGAAGCUAAUGGUAUUCACGGACGGUUCGUUCGCGAACAACAAAGACCUAAGCUCACAACUGGGCUUUGUUAUUGUGCUCGCCAACGAGGAACAGAGCCCUGCUGAUUUCACGAUCAGAGGCAAUGUCCUGCACUGGUCAUCUACGAAGAGCAAGCGAGUGACCCGGAGCGUGCUAGCCUCGGAGAUCUACGGCAUGGUCCAAGGUUUCGAUAUGGCCAUUGUCAUCGCGACCACCCUGCAGGCUAUUGUCAAGCAGCUGGACCUACCCCCGACUCCCCUCAUUGUCUGCACCGACUCAUACUCGCUAUACGAAUGCCUCGUAAAGCUCGGGACCACGAAAGAGAAGCGACUCAUGAUUGAUAUCAUGGCGCUAAGGCAGUCCUACGAGCAGCGCGAGAUGGCAGAGAUCCGUUGGAUCAAUGGGGAUGACAACCCGGCUGAUGCGAUGACCAGCAGCACCCAACCGUGCUUUGGAACGGUUGAUUGA